CACCCGCCGGCGUUUGCCCCACCCACUCCCUCACGCUCCACUUCCGGAAGGGCCUGUCACGCUCUCGGUGGCUAGGUGUUUCUACGCCUGACAGUGUCCUGGAGCUUCUCUGCUGGACUCCGGAGUUCUACAAAAGCUGCCUUCUCGGACACUUGCCCUUGGAUCCCAGUGCUGCUGUUCAAGGUGUCCUACGUGCUGAAGCUGCCGUGCUGCAGAGAAAGCACAGGACACAAGAGAGGCCAUAUGUACGCGCUCCAGGGCAACCUUCCUUAGAUGGUUUUCAAGGAAACUGGGCUACGAAGUGGCAAAGGCCUUCUUCUGAACCUUCAGGAUUCAUUUACCUUCAGGUUGCAGAAAUGAUAGGCAGGCAGCUGUUCUUACUCUCCAUCGCCUAGAAGGUGGAGGAACAGACAGUGGGAAUGUGUUCAUCUUGACUCAGUCUCUAGGAAGCAGGAUGCCAAUGCCUCUGGGGAAACAGGUCUUUUUCGCCGGAGUGGCAGCUAGUGGGAGCUGCGCCAUCCUGUACUACCUGGUCCAGAAAACAUUUUCCAGAGCUUCUUAUUACCAGCUGGCCCUGGAGCAGCUGCACAGCCACCCUGAGGCACUGGAAGCUCUGGGCACUCCUCUCAACGUUCACUACCUCCGACUCACCGACAAGUACAACUUCGUGGACAUCGCUGAUGCAAAGCUGAAGAUCCCUGUCUCUGGACCAAAGUCAGAGGGCCAUCUCUAUGUCAGCUCAUCCAGAGAUGCCCCCUUUAAGAGGUGGAACCUUCAGGAGGUCUUCUUAGAGCUCAAGGAUGGUCAGCAGAUUCCCCUGUUCAAGCUCAGCAGGGACAACGACGAGGGGAAAAAGGAGUGAAAAUGAUCAGCUCCCUCUGCUCCUGGCCUCCCUGGUCACCACGCGUCCCCCGGGGCUGCAGGUGCAGCCAUAUGGUGAUCUCUGUAUCAUUCUAAUUUAACCACAGUGAACCCUACUGAAGUUUUUAAUCAGAAACUUACUAUAAUUUAUAAGAAUUUGAAAGUCCUCUGUACAGAAGUAUAGAAUAAAGGGAAUCAGUAUUAA